AUGGGGCAGGGCACUCCAGGAGGGAUGGGCAAGCAGGGCGGCGCCGGCGACCGCAAGCCGGGGGACGGCGGCGAUAAGAAGGAUAAGAAGUUCGAGCCGCCGGCCGCGCCCUCCCGCGUCGGCCGCAAGCAGCGCAAGCAGAAGGGCGCGGAGGCGGCCGCGCGCCUCCCCAACGUCGCGCCGCUCUCCAAGUGCCGACUCCGCCUCCUCAAGCUCGAGCGGGUCAAGGACUAUCUCCUCAUGGAGGAGGAGUUCGUCGCCGCGCAGGAGCGCCUCCGGCCCCAGGAGGACAAGGCCGAGGAGGACCGAUCCAAGGUCGACGACCUCCGCGGCACCCCCAUGAGCGUCGGAUCCCUCGAGGAGAUCAUCGACGAGAGCCACGCCAUCGUCUCCUCCUCAGUCGGACCGGAGUACUACGUCGGCAUCCUAUCCUUCGUCGACAAGGACCAGCUCGAGCCGGGAUGCUCCAUCCUCAUGCACAACAAGGUUCUCUCUGUGGUUGGUAUAUUGCAAGAUGAAGUUGAUCCUAUGGUAUCUGUGAUGAAAGUUGAGAAAGCUCCUUUGGAAUCUUAUGCUGACAUUGGUGGACUAGAUGCUCAGAUUCAAGAAAUUAAAGAGGCAGUUGAGCUUCCCUUGACUCAUCCUGAGCUGUAUGAAGACAUUGGGAUCAGGCCCCCCAAGGGAGUCAUAUUAUAUGGAGAACCUGGAACAGGAAAAACUCUACUCGCCAAGGCUGUCGCUAACUCAACAUCUGCAACUUUCUUGCGUGUUGUCGGUAGUGAACUUAUUCAAAAGUACCUUGGGGAUGGUCCCAAGCUAGUCAGAGAAUUGUUUAGGGUGGCUGAUGAACUUUCUCCCUCAAUAGUCUUUAUUGAUGAGAUUGACGCAGUUGGAACAAAGAGGUAUGAUGCUCAUUCAGGAGGAGAGCGUGAAAUUCAAAGAACUAUGUUGGAGCUGCUGAAUCAGCUAGAUGGUUUUGACUCACGUGGAGAUGUUAAAGUUAUUCUAGCAACAAACCGUAUUGAAAGUCUUGAUCCUGCUUUGCUUCGGCCAGGCCGUAUAGACCGGAAGAUUGAAUUUCCUCUCCCAGAUAUUAAAACUAGACGACGCAUCUUCCAAAUUCACACGGCAAAAAUGACAUUAGCUGACGAUGUGAACUUGGAAGAGUUUGUUAUGACCAAAGAUGAGUUUUCGGGCGCUGAUAUUAAGGCCAUCUGCACAGAGGCUGGAUUGCUCGCCUUAAGAGAGCGUAGAAUGAAGGUGACCCAUACAGAUUUCAAGAAGGCAAAGGAGAAGGUGAUGUACAAGAAGAAGGAAGGUGUUCCGGAUGGUCUCUACAUGUAG